AUGAAACGAAAGAAACGUUCCUCUUUGAAGCAUCUCGGCAGUGAAUACAUUCACCCAAGCAAAUACUUGAUUCGGGAGGUGUUGCUGGAUGAUGAGAGCAUGAAGGAAAGCAACCAAUCCUCUCCCAUACCUUCAGUAUUAGGAUCCGAUUCUGAACAUGAUGAUAAUAGUUCUUCUCAUCCUCUCACUCUUCCGAAUCAUCCUAUUCAUCCUAAUCCUCACAAGCAGGAAGAACAACAACACCGAAUAUUCCUAAUUGAUCGUAUCGGAACAGAUUGUUUGGAAUUAAUUUUCUCCUUUCUGACCUAUCCAGAGAUGGCUCCAAUUCUCUUUGUUUCACGACAAUGGUCCAGAGUGAUGGUUCCACUCUUCUAUACAGAGACCUAUGAUGUUCUUGCAUCGAAUGAGCAUUUAGAAGAGUUGAAAGAAGAAGGUAGAAAUUAUGAUACGGAUACUGAAUUUGGCUACGAAGGUCUCUACACGGAGAGUGCCACAUGGAAACCAACGCUUUGUUAUGACACUGAGGACGAAUUGGAUGCAGAGAGAGAAGAGCUCCUUCCACCAACGAGCGAAGAUUCUUCAGAGGAGAAUGAUGAUGACCUUAAUACCACUUCAAGUGAAAAUCUCCUCCAACUUGAAAAACAGAAUCAUGAUCAUUCCAACUCCCAUUUGAAGAAUUCUUCAAAUUUACAAAAUUAUGUUUGUGAUAAGAGAUUACCGUUUGGAAGUCCUUUGUGUAAACACACCAUCCAAGAUCAAUUUUAUCUAGUUCAAGACUCGUUAUCGAAAGAUGAGUAUAUUGAGCUCGUCGAACAAUAUUUGAAAGUGAACAUGAGAGGAACAAUGAACCAAGAUAAUGACAAGUUACAACCAUCGGCUCCAUUCUACAUCAAUCCAUUUCUUUUCUAUGAUCAAAUAGAGCAUGAACAAUCACAAAUUAAGCCUUACAUGUGGGAAAUUACAGAGUCCAUACGUCGUGAUGGUUAUGGACCUAUAAUUGUUGGAAAUUUCAGUGGACAUACUAUCUAUAAUGACGAUGAAUAUUAUGAAAGUUAUCAAGCAUCAGACUUGGGUUUUGUAUUCUAUGCAUUGCGAGGUGGCAUUGCUCGAUUAGUGAGAAGAGCUGGUGUUAAAUAUUAUGAACCUCAAAUGAUUGAAGAUGCUUUGUACAUUCUCAAAGAUUUCAUAAGAAAAGUUUUACAACAAGCCUACGAGACGAAAUUUCAGGAUCGUCUCAAUGCUACUGCUGAUUGUGAUAACAAAGACUCUGAUUCGACACAAUCACCAAUACCACCUUUACAAUUCACAGAAAGUGAUUCACAAUACCAUGAAAGAUGGUAUCCUGAUCCUGAAUAUAAAGGACCAUAUUGUAAUGAUGAUUUGGAUAGUGAUUUGAAACUCAAUCAUCAUGAUAUUGUGGAUGCAGUUGAGAAAGUACUGAAGGGAUAUAAAUUAUUUUAUGCCCCUGAAUCAGAUCCUUACAAUUUAGGUAAUUACAAUGAAUUUAAAAUCGACGAAACAACAAUUCCAAUCAAGAAAAGCGACGAUGAAUCCUUCGAGAAAAAGCCAAACUAUAUUCUUAAUUCUGAAAUACAUCAUUCAGAGUCUAAUAUUCAAAAAUUGGAGGAAAACAAUGAAAAAGAGGAUAUCGAUAGUGACGAUGAAGAAGAGCUUACUGACGAUUCAGAUUUUGAUGAACUUACCGAUGAUGAAGAAGUUGUGGAUAAUACAAACACCACCAUUGACAUGAACCAUCUGCAAUACAAAAAUUUAAAUGAUUUUAUUGAUGAUUCAGAAUUGGCUAUGGACAUUCAAGGAGAGUCUGUGCAUGAAGGAGACUCUCUGAGAGAUCGUCUCAUUAAGGUUUCCAUGCAAGUCCAUGAAGAAAUUUAUGGAUAUGAAAAAACGCAUGCUGAAAAGUUAUAUUUGAAAAAUUGGUAUGGAAAUGGCAACGUAUUUUUCACACAUGCUGCAAAACAUUUAGGAGAUGACAACCCCGAAUUAUUGAUGAUGGAGGAUGAAGAUGAGGAAAUUAUGACCAGCGAGAAUGCUCUUAUUGAGAAGGAUCGAAAAGAAGAUGUUGCUUAUUUUGGGUAUUCAUUGUUUGAUGACGACGAAAAUGAAUUUCCAAUUUUUUGUUACACGCACAACAAUGAAACGAACCAUAAUAAGGAGGGUCACAUCAUAAAAGAACAGUCAGAUCAUACCAUUGAUGACAAUCAAGCAGAUGAAGAGACAAGCAAAGAAUAUCAUUUGAGGCGCUUACUGCGAGAACGCUCUUUCCAAUGUAUCGAAGCAUACUUUUCAGAGAGUCAUUGA